UCGCGCGUCAGCUCUGCGUCUUUGAAGAAGUUUAACAGGACAGAAAGUUUCCAGACCAGGAUGUUUAUCUCGCUGAAGCCCUUCAUGGAAGUUUUACUGGAUACUUGUGGACGAAUGGACGUCAAAUCUCUGCUUUUCCUGACGUUACACCUAUUUUUGUUGAAGGCAGCAGCUGACUGUCCCAAACCAGAGACAGAAGAAAAUAUGGUCUUAUCAGACGAAGCACUUCUAUUGAAUUCUUUUCCAGACGGAACUGGAGUCCCAUUGGAGUGUGCUAAUGGAUAUGUUAAAGAAAGUGGCUCUGGGAUUAUAAACUGUAUUAAUGAAAACUGGUCUAGCCCAGAUCUCAUCUGUAAAAAGAAGGACUGUGGUCCCCCAAAAACCCAACCAAAUGUGAAAUUUGAAAUCCUCACUGAUACCCUGUUUGGUGCCAAAAUAAAAGUAACUUGUGAUAAAGGGUGA